CAGCCUCUGAGUCGGAAUCAUUCUGGGGAUAAAAUGCACCCUGAUCAACGUGCAACAAUCUCUCAGCAGGAUUACUGCUUUGCUGGUGGUAUACAAAGCUCCAACCAAGACCAAAGGUUCAAAUUGAGUAUAGGCAAUUCAAGGCGGAGCCUUUGAGAUGACGUCAUGUGAGGAUGAGGCGCAGCUGGAGAGUGUGAUCAGGCAACUUCUGAAGAGCAUCAGUGACCGGAUCUGUGCAGCUCCAUCUGCUGAGUGUGCUGAAGAAAACCUCCUGCACCUCGAGGAGACUGACAAGAACUUCCACAAUUAUGAGUUCGUGAAGUACAUUCGUCAGUAUGUGGACAACUCUCUGGGGACUAUCGUGGAGAAGGAGACGAAGAACUUAAUUCUAGGAAAUGGACAGCAAGAUGUUUGCUCAGGUCACGACACCCUGAUUCAUGCUGUCAUCCAAACAGUCCAAGAAUCCACAGAAUAUCAACAGAUGAGUCAAGCCUUGAAAAAUACAGUGAUCAUGGCGGUGGAGUCUUUUAUCAAUAAGUUUGAGGAGGACCACAUGAGGAAGGAGGAGAUGUACAGAGAGAAGAAACCCAGUCAGUCCAACCAGCACGUACGACACUGUUUCUGAUAGUGACUCUCCUCCUUCAACCAGACUUAUGCUUUCAUCAAACAAGAGCAACUGCAAGCUUUGGCUGAAAGCCUUGCCUCCAACAGACCUAAAGAGGUACGUCUGGAGGCCCUGCAGGUCCUGUGCUCUGCUCCUCCAUCUGAUGUACUCAGUUGUGAAAGCUGGACCACCCUGCGCCGGAACCUUUGUGCAGUUCUGACUGAGUCUGAUCCCAAUCUUAGUGCUAACAUACUUCAGUUCUUUGCUAAAAGCUUCUCCUUCUCACCACUGAAUUUGACAAGAGAGAUCUACACCAGCUUAGCUAGUAGUAUCCAGUCCAGCUUCCUGUCUCUCAAGCUGAGCUUACCAACUGGCUCGGCUCACAUCGACAUACACACACCUGGCAUCGGUCUUCUCCUCAAACAGAUUCGGUUGAUGAAUGACUUUCAAAAGGAGGUAACAUCUUUUUGGAUUCGCUACCCAGAAAAGUAUAUGGAAGAAAUUAUAGAGAGCACGUUCGCCUUGUUGACUCUCUAUCACGACACCUACGUAACCUCAGCAGGGGGAGAAAAAUUCCUGGAACCCAUUCACUUACUGGUGUUACUGGAUAUUAAUGCUACCUGGUUUAAAAAGUGGACGCAUGGACACUACAGCCGAACUGUAGUUUUUAGACACCUUGAGAACAAUUACAAGUCUCUGAUUGCAGCGGCUGUUCAGCAGUGCAUAAUUUACACCGAAUCAUCCGAUGUUUUCACAAAGGAGAAGACCGAUUCAAGCGUGUCAGCAGAGCAGCAAAACAUUUGCUCAGCACAGAGGAGAGUUUACACGGCAGAGCUUGACUAUGCCUAUUUUGUCCAUUCACUAUGUGUUCUUGGGAAUCUCCUCAUCUACACCAAUGGAAGAAAGCUCUUUCCUAUUGACGUAUGGAUACGAAAAGAUCCCGUCAGCUUGACAGACUUGGUUGUCAUCCUGAUUAACAUCAUGUACCAACACCCUAACCAUCCGCCUUGUGAUUCGUCACACACAGACUUCCUGUCACCCAGUAAUGUUGUGAUGGAGAUCCUCGGGAUGCUGUGUGAAAGAACAGCGUGUGCUGCCGAGUGCAUCUACCAGACCCCCGUCAUGCAGAUUCUACUGGAUCCUGCUGCAGUGCUGCUCAAAGGACACCAGUCCGAAUUAAAGUCUCCUGCAGCGACAUUGACUCUUAUUGCCAACGUUCUCGCUCGUAUUGUGAGCCCUGACAGAGGAUUAUCACUCUUCUUGUGUGAGAAGAAUCUUGUUGUGUCCCACGCCGAGAGAACAUUUGCUGCUGAUGUUGUUGUGCAGUUCACCCUGAAGCUGCUGGAUGACGAGCUCCCCUCACUGAGUGACUCAGAUAUGUACCACGCAUUGUGUGGAGCCUACAUCUUUGUGUGCAGGCAGAUAUACAGCACCUGUGAGGGCUUACAGGUUCUCCGCCCAUACGGCCUGCACAAGGCAAUCAAUGCUGCAUGGAAAAAGGUACGCUGGUCAGGCUACCAGUUAUUAUCAGAGAGGGUUCCAACGCCGGAACCUGGUGGUGAAGCUGGAGUAUCCAUCCAGGAACAGCAGAACAUGCUGAUCUGGCAGGAGACAUUGUUGGACAGCUUGCUGAAUCUUGCCGCUACUCCCAAAGGUUUGCUGCUGCUGCAGCAGACAGGAGCCCUUAAUGAGUGCGUCUCCUGUAUGUUCUCUCACUUCACCAGAAAGCAACAGGUGAGCCGCAGUGAGAAGUUUGGAUAUGGGGUGAUUUUAGCACAGUUAGGCGCCACUGCUCCAGGAGUGGCGGCCUUGCACUAUUCAGGUUUCAUACGGACACUGGUGAUCGAGUUGUGGGCGGCUCUGGAAUGCGGCACUGAUGACGUCAGUGUGGUCUAUCCCAAGCCUACGCCCAUGGACCCCAUCGACAGGAGCUGCCUCAAGUCUUUCCUGUCCUUGCUCAACCUGCUGUCGACUCCACAGUCAGUGUGGCAGCUGCUGGCCCGGCAGCCUCUCGCCAACAAGACCCAGUACACACUGCGAGAGACGCCCACAACCAUCCCUGAUUUGAUGGACAGGCUGAUUUUUGUGAAUUCAGAUGUGAAAAUUUAUCCACUGUUCCAUUAUGAGGAAUCUCACACAUUUGGCCUGAGGCUGCUCAGCAUUCUCUGCUGUAGUUUGGACUCAUUUCUGCUGUUGGAGAGCCAGUACAACAUCUGUUCAAUGCUGCUCCAAAGCCAAAGGGAGAACGUCACCAGUGAUGGGGAGUUCAUUAUAGACGGUCUGUCAGUGGAGAGGAAUCAUGUGCUCGUUCGCGUGAGUGCGGUGGGAGGACCGUCUGAGCGGAGGCUUCCCCCUCGAGACCUGCGACAGGGAGACAAUCCCUACCCCUGGCCCAUGUUUUCAUGCUACCCUGUACCUCGCUGGUACACCUUGGAUCCCCUAAAGAGCCAUUAUAAUCAUCAAGACUCUGAACUUGUUGCAUUUCUCACAUCAACUGAAGAUACUGGUAAGGAAAGAUGGAUGGAGAUCUGCCGGAGACACUUCUGCACAGUCAUGACCACUGAACCGAGCAUCUUAACUGGACAAGUGCUGGCUGACUUUUUGGAGAAGGUAAUAGCCCAUCUAUCCAGCUCUACCACGGAGUGCUUCUUCUCUCCUCCUCGGUACAAAGCAGAGGAAGAUGGUGUGAAGAGCAUUGUGCUGUCAUCUGUUGAGCAGCUGGGAAUCGACAUCUGUAUCAGGUACGGCAGCCACCUCCAGCUCCUGAAAGAUGAUGCUGAGCAUGGCCUGACGCUGCUGAUGAAACACACAAAAUUGUUUUUGUCGAGUCAAAGGUCUAAGCCUUCUUCAGAUGUCUUCACACAACAGGACAGUUAUCCUGGACACGACUGGCUGACCACAGUCUUUCUCAUCAUGGCUGGAGAUAUGGACAGAUCUCUACGCUUGUUACUCAGCCUGUCCACUCUCAUUACCUCUGCAUUCAUCUGGCCUGCAAGGAUAUAUGCUUCUGUCCACGUUCCUGUACAUGUUGCUGAGACGGGAAUCCCGCCCAUCUUCUGGUGUACUGCUCACUAUGUGGAGAUGCUGCUGAAAGUUGAAGUUCCUCUGGUCCAUUCCCUUCAGAUGUCUGAUUUCAGACCAGCUCAGGUGUGCAUACAGUGGCUGGCCCAGUGUUUCUGGAACUAUCUGGAUUGGCCAGAGAUCUGUCACUACAUUUCCACCUGUGUGGUGAUGGGUCCUGACUACCAGGUUUACAUGUGUGUGGCAAUUUUCAAACAUCUGAUGCCAGACAUCCUGCAUCGUACACAAGCCCAAGAACUCCAGGUGUUCCUCAAGGAGGAGCCAAUCCAAGGUUUCAAGAUCAGUUACUACCUGGAGAUGAUGGAGGGGCUGGAACACAGCUACAGGGACAUCAUUCUUGCUGACAUGAAAAGUAUCAAAUCCCCUCGACGAGAAAAUUCCGAACCUGCCCAUUUUCUGUAAGAUGCAAAAGAAAAGU